GCUCAUUCGCCCAGCAGCUGCCCUCUCUGCCACACCUUUAACCCCUGCUACGAUGGCCCGGUCACAGCUCCUGCUACUCCUGCCCCUGCUGCUGGUACUGGUGGACCCCGCGGCCGCGCGAGCAUCUCAGGUGGACCAGAGGCCAAGCGCCUGCAAGGAAAAAAACGUCAGUGGCAAGUGGGUAUUCGAGUGCCAGCAUGGAGAAGAGGAGUGCAAGCUCAACAAGGUGGAGGCCUGCAUAUUGGACAAGCUGGAGGCCACAGUAGCCUUCCUCACUAUUGUCUGCAUUGAGGAGUUGGAGGACAUGGAAAAAAAUCUCAAACCUUGUUUAGAGCUUUAUGCCCCAGAAGUGUCACCAGACACCAUCAUGGAGUGUGCAAUGGGGGACCGUGGCAUGCAGCUCAUGCACAUGAAUGCUCAGUUGACGGAUGCCCUGCAGCCACCCCAUGAAUAUGUACCCUGGGUCCUCGUCAAUGGGAAAGUCUUGGAGGACCCUAGCCUGCUCCUGGCUGUUGUCUGCCAGCUGUACCAGGGUGAGAAGCCAGAUGUCUGCAAACCCGUGGCCACAUCUCACAGGAAGUGUCUACUGCUCAUCAACUGGAUAACCUCAGCACAUCCCAUGAAGCCCACAUGGAAAAUUCUGCCCCAUGAUGAAGAAUCUUGCCCCAUUGAAAAUAAAAUGAAAUGUUUAAUAAAUAUUUCUGAUGUUGUGAUUCAUUUGAUAAUUCAGGAAUUCCCCCUUCUCUAUACCUAUACAGCCUGCAUAUUGGACACGCUGGAGGCACAGGCAGCCUUCUUGACUGUUGUCUGCAUGGAGAAGUUGAAUGACAUGGAAAAAAGUCUCAAACCUGUGUCAUCAGAUACCGUCAUGGAGUGUGCAGUGGAGGACUGCAUCAUGCAGCUCAUGCACACCAAUGCUUAG